AUGCACGACAAUCGCCCGCGUGCUCAUGGCUCUGGCCCGGCCCCCCCAGCAAAUGCACAUGCUGCUGCGCAAACCUCCCGCCCCGGGCCUGCCAAUCCGCCCGCGCCUAGUAACCUGCCCAAGGUCCAGCAGCCGAAGCCCCAGGCACUGCCCUCACGAUCUGCGCCCAGCUCCAUCUUGGUCUCGCCCCGCCAAAAGGGCAAUCCCAUCCUGAACAAUGUGCGCGCCGUUGCCUGGGAGUAUUCAGACAUCGCCCCCGACUAUGUCGUCGGCGCUACCACUUGUGCCCUGUUCCUGUCCCUAAAGUACCACCGCCUGCACCCCGAGUACAUCUACAACCGCAUCCGCGAUCUCAAGGGCCAGUACACGCUGCGCAUCCUGCUGACCAUGGUCGACAUUGAAAACCACGAAGACCCCCUGCGAGAGCUGUCCAAGACGUCCCUGGUCAACAACGUCACCGUCAUGCUGUGCUGGAGCGCCCAGGAGGCCGGCCGCUAUCUCGAGCUCUUCAAGACGUUUGAGAAUGCAGCCCCGACCAGUAUCCGCGCUCAGCAGGCAGGCUCCUACGCUGAGAACAUGGUCGACUUCAUCACGGUGCCGCGCAGCAUCAACAAAACAGACGCUGUAGGCUUAGUCUCCAACUUUGGAAGCAUCCGCACUGCAAUCAACGCUGCCCCAGAGGAGAUCGGCUUGAUCGCAGGCUGGGGUGACAAGAAAGUCCAGCGAUGGUGUAAUGCCGUUCGGGAACCGUUUAGGGUACAAAAGGCCGCAAGGCGGGGCGGCCUUGUCCAGGAAGCCAAUGACCCACCAACCGUGACAGAAGGUGAGGACCAGGCACAAAGUGCGGCAGUUGCUGGUGACACAGCACGUCAAAGGAUCGACGACGCCGUACCUCUUGCAAAGGAGCUGGAGAGAUCUGCUCCUUUUGCAACGUCUGCAUUGGAUGCCGACAAGCGGCCUGAUCACCGUCUUGCCGAAGAUAUAAAUGAAGACGACGAGCAGGCAAUGCGCGAGCUGGAGGCCAACCAGGCCCAACCAGCAGUGGCAACGCCAGCGAAGAGGAAACAACCUGAUGAUAAUAUGAGCGAGGGCGUUAUGGCAGCGUUGAACAAGUUAAGGAAACAGUAA